GUAUAAUCUAAAACUAGAACGCAGCAAGCCUUUUACCAGCCUCCGAUCACGAUUCCAAGUCCAUUUGACACAAAAAACAUGUACAAGAAUGCACACACGACACUUCGAUUUUGACUUUUCUCUGCAUCAAUAAUUUAAUCACCAUUUCUUGAACAUUUCUCUCCUCGGAACACAGCGGAUGAAAUCGAGAUCGAAAAGUGAUCAGAUUCAUUGAGUGAUGGGUAAAUUAGGCGUCUUGUUUCUAGUAGGCGUGUUUGUGUUGGUUUUAAUGGUGAAAAAGGGCUGGGCUGAGGAGAAAGGGAGGAGGAUCCAUACAUUGUUUUCUGUGGAGUGCCAGAACUACUUCGACUGGCAAACAGUGGGUCUGAUGCGGAGCUACAAGAAGGCCCAACAGCCCGGCCCAAUUACCCGGCUCCUCAGCUGUACUGAUGAGGAGAAGAAGAGCUACAGAGGCAUGAAUUUGGCUCCCACUUUUGAGGUUCCUUCUAUGAGUAAACAUCCUAAAACUGGAGACUGGUAUCCUGCGAUUAAUAAACCAGCUGGGAUUGUUCACUGGCUGAAAUUCAGUGAAGAAGCAAAGAAUGUGGAUUGGGUGGUCAUACUGGAUGCUGAUCAGAUCAUUCGAGGACCUAUCGUCCCGUGGGAACUUGGCGCUGAGAAAGGGAGGCCUGUUGCAGCUUAUUAUGGGUACUUAGUUGGCUGCAAUAAUCUUCUUGCAAAAUUGCAUACUAAACAUCCUGAACGCUGUGAUAGAGUUGGUGGGCUUUUAGCCAUGCACAUAGAUGAUCUUCAUGCUUUGGCACCCAUGUGGCUUUCUAAAACAGAAGAAGUACGAGAAGAUAGAGCUCACUGGACCACAAACUUGACCGGUGACAUUUACGGGCAAGGUUGGAUCAGUGAGAUGUAUGGAUACUCCUUUGGCGCAGCCGAGGUGGGACUUCGCCACAAGAUUAAUGAUAACUUGAUGAUAUAUCCUGGUUACAUUCCUCGGCCUGGCGUUGAACCCAUUCUUUUACAUUACGGGCUGCCAUUUAGUGUUGGUAAUUGGUCAUUUAGUAAACUGGAUCACCAUGAAGAUAAUAUUGUGUAUGAUUGUGGACGGCUUUUCCCUGAACCUCCUUAUCCUAGAGAGGUGAGAGCAAUGGAAACUGAUCCCGAUAAAAGGAGGGCUCUUUUUUUGAAUAUAGAAUGUAUUAAUACCCUCAAUGAAGGUCUACUGUUACAGCAUGCAGCAAACGGUUGCCCUAAGCCAAAGUGGUCCAAAUACUUAAGCCUCUUGAAGAGCAACACCUUUGCUGAACUGACUCGUCCUAAAUAUCUUACUCCAGAAACUCUGCAGUUGAAGGUGGUUAAGGUCCAAAAUCAGGUUUUUGAUGAACCUGGGAGGCCACAUCCAAAAAUUCACACCAUAUUUUCCACAGAAUGUAUCCCAUAUUUUGAUUGGCAAACUGUUGGACUUGUUCAUAGUUUUCACCUGAGUGGCCAGCCUGGAAAUAUAACCAGACUUCUAAGUUGUACUGAUGAAGAUCUGAAAGAAUAUAAAGGCCUGGAUCUUGCCCCCACACAUUUUGUCCCAUCUAUGAGCCGGCAUCCACUAACGGGCGAUUGGUACCCAGCAAUCAAUAAACCAGCUGCAGUCCUGCAUUGGCUGAAUCAUGCAAAAAUCGAUGCAGAGUUUAUAGUUAUCUUGGAUGCAGACAUGAUCAUGCGAGGAACGAUUACACCAUGGGAAUUCGAUGCAGCACGUGGUCGACCUGUUUCCACCCCCUACGACUACCUUAUCGGUUGCCACAAUGAGCUUGCGGAGCUCCACACUCGGCACCCUGAAGCUUGUGACAAGGUUGGUGGUGUGAUAAUAAUGCAUAUAGAUGAUCUGCGGAAGUUUGCGAUGCUGUGGCUGCAUAAGACUGAGGAAGUCCGUGCUGACACUGCUCAUUAUGCCAAAAAUAUAACUGGGGAUAUAUAUGAAUCUGGAUGGAUAAGUGAAAUGUAUGGUUACUCUUUCGGUGCAGCUGAGCUGAAUUUGCGGCAUAAUAUCAACAAUGAGAUAUUGAUAUACCCAGGAUAUGUCCCUCAACCUGGUGUCAAGUAUCGAGUUUUCCAUUAUGGCCUGGAGUUCAAGGUUGGGAAUUGGAGCUUUGACAAAGCAAACUGGAGAGAUGUUGACGUAGUUCACAAUUGUUGGUCUAAGUUUCCUGAUCCUCCUGAUCCUUCAAGUCUUGAUCAAACUGAUGAGGAUAGUUUACAGCGUGACUUGCUUAGCAUAGAAUGUGCAAGGACAUUAAAUGAAGCUCUACGUUUACAUCAUGAAAGAAUAUGCUUCAAACCCAAUUCUGUGUCCAAUUCCAACUCAACAUUGAACAAUGAAGUAACAGUUUCAAGAAAAAUUGGCAAGAUUAAUGAGAGUCAUACCAUAAGAAGUAACAGUGUCCCCAUGAAUAAUUCUCGAGAAUCAUCAUACUCAGUGGAGGAUGAGCAGAUGCACCGUUCUUUCAGGGUUUGGAUAAUCUGUCUCUGGGUAUUUUCUAUAUUUGGUUUUGCGGCUGUAAUCUGGAUACUGUUUGCAAGUCGUAAAAGACAAAGAAAAAGAGGUAAAAGCUAUAAAAGCAAGAGAAGACCAUUGUACGCAGGAUUUGGGGACAUAAAUGGACUUGAGAAGCAUAUGAGAGGGGUUGAGAUAUUGUAGAAAUAUACUGUUCUGGUAAUAUCUGUAAAAUACAACUAGCCACCAUAGAUAUACUGCAAGUGGACAGGAAUCUAAGAAUGAAUGCAUGAUGAUGAUGAGCUGAGAUUAAGAGAUACAUUGGCGUUCGCCAAUGUCAGAACUGGAACUUGCAGAACCGUACAUGAUAAGUUAACAUUCAAUAAGCUCUUGGGCGGCUUGCUUUUGCCACAGAAGAAAGCUGCCAUGAUUCAGUGGCAGUAGCCAGUUUUUUGAGCUGCUAGGGCCCCGUGUUAGAGUAAUACAUAACAUUGAUUAUGAUCAUAAAUAUUAGAUGAAGUUUUGAGUCCAUUAGUUUAAGGUGAAAUGGUGACAAUGAGCCGCUGUUCAGCAUGUUACAUCUCUUAUGCUAAGAUUUGGUAGAUAAACAAUAAGUGGCGUUUCUCUUAAAUAGACUGCAUUUAUAUGGAAAUAUAUACUGUGCUUUUUUCUCUUUCAA